GGGGAGGUAGAGAGGACGCGGACAAAGGAGGCGGCCGGCAGCCCAGCUGUUUUGAAAAAUGCUUCCUGUUUCUUUAAAGGCGCUCGCGGCUCGGGCGGCCGGGGCUGGGGAGGCGGCGGCGGCGGGAGCUGCCUCCUCUCCGGGCGGCGGCGCUGACUGAUCUCGCGAACUGGGCUUCUGUGUAAACUGAGGCUAAACAAACACAGAUGGAGCGCAGCGGGCGUUCUCCAGAAAUGCUGGCAAGGCGGCAGCGACUUCAGAUGACACUCUGAGCGCUCCGGGAACGGACAGCCCGGCGGCUUCGCGGAGCCGGCGGCGCAGCUGCCCCGGGCGAGGGGGAGAAAGGGAGGGAGGAGGGCGGCGCGAGCAGGGGGUAGAGCCCGAGACUCCCAGGCGCUGAGCGCGGCGGCCGCCCGGGCAGAGCCGGCGCGCAGCGUGCAGAGCGAGCGCGGCGGGCGCGCGGCCCGGGCAGCCCCACGCCCCUGCCUCGCUCGCUGCCCGCGCCAUGAAGCACAUCCCGGUUCUCGAGGACGGGCCGUGGAAGACCGUGUGCACGAAGGAGCUGAACGGCCUCAAAAAGCUAAAGCGGAAAGGCAAGGAGCCGGCGAGGCGCGCGAACGGCUAUAAAACUUUCCGAUUGGACUUGGAAGCGCCGGAGCACGGCGCCACCGCCACCAACGGGCUGCGCGACAGGACCCAGAGGCUGCAGCCGGUCGCGGCCCCGGUGCCAGCCCAGCUGGCGCCGGCUGUUCCUUCAGGUGGGGGCGCGGACCCGGCUGGGGAGCGCAGGGGCGCUCGGGCGCCGGAGGUCUCCGACGCGCGGAAGCGCGGCUUCGCCCUGGGCGCAGUGGGGCCGGGACUCCCCACGCCGCCGCCGCCGCCGCCGCCUCCGGCGCCCCAGGGCCAAGUACCCGGGGGUCCCGAGGCGCAACCUUUCCGGGAGCCCGGCCUUCGUCCCCGUAUCUUGCUGUGCGCACCGCCUGCACGCCCCACGCCGUCGGCGCCCCCUGCGCCCCCGGAGUCUUCCGUGCGCCCAGCGCCCCCCACGCGCCCCGGGGAAAGUUCUUUCUCGUCAAUUUCACACGUAAUUUACAAUAACCACCCGGAUUCCUCCGCGUCGCCUAGGAAACGGCCGGGCGAAGCGACCACCGCUGCCUCGGAGAUCAAAGCCCUGCAGCAGACCCGGAGGCUCCUAGCGAACGCCAGGGAGCGGACGCGGGUGCACACGAUCAGUGCAGCCUUCGAGGCGCUCAGGAAGCAGGUGCCGUGUUACUCCUACGGGCAGAAGCUGUCCAAACUGGCCAUCCUGAGAAUCGCCUGUAACUACAUCCUGUCCCUGGCGCGGCUGGCAGACCUUGACUACAGCGCCGACCACAGUAACCUCAGCUUCUCCGAGUGCGUGCAGCGCUGCACCCGCACCCUGCAAGCCGAGGGACGCGCCAAGAAGCGCAAGGAGUGACUGGUCCCAGGCUAGACCAAGGAUGCUGCUGUGCGCCUUCUUUCUGGUCAAGCCUGAGGAGAAGGUGAGCUCUCCUUGUCUUCUUCUCCAAGAUACCACCAGAUGCUCAGACCACUGCCUCUCAGGGUGGGGCAGGGGCACACCUGCCUCCCUCUCACCCUCCUGUCCCCCCUCGGCCACUCUGGUGACUCCGCACUUUGCCCUCUGCCUGGUGGGGAGGGGGAGAGCAAAGUCUCCCCCUUGCCCAGGGCUGCAGAAAUUCAUUGCCAAAGAUUCCACAGAGACACUGAACAAAUUGUGAGAACACCCCUCAAUGAGAAGCCGCACCAUUGCUCUAUGACUUGUGUUCCUCCUCUUGCCAAAGCCAUCCCAAGCCAAAGACGAGUCAGCAAUGAUCCCACUGGAAACUCAUGGAAGGGAUGGACGUUUGGUGACCAUUGGAAGGGCUCCACCCUCUGACCUGGAACUCUCUUUCUACACUGGGCCCUGAGCCGGCUGGGUACAAGAUAAACUUUCUGGGGGUGGUGAGAGAGGGCUGGGAGCACUUGCAUGGAGUGGGAUAUGAGAUCCUGGCCCUCUUCUCGCCCUCGUACUGGCUGCCUAGGCCUCUGACGCUGAUUCUCAGUGUUCCCUGGGUCCAGGCUCCUUGGGCCCUGAGCAUCAAGGCAAAGGAGAAAGGGAGGAAAGAAGCAAUAUUGACCACCCUGUAUUCCACCCCAGGGACUUGCCCCACCAAGGUCACCUAAAGUGUCUCUGUUGCCCAGCCAGGCCAGCCAGCCACGCCUUGCCUGUAGCUCUCACUCCUGGCUGGGAAAACAAGAUGGUGCCCUGCACGAAGGCCAGUAGUCUGUUCCCGGUUAUGCAGUGGGCAGGGGGGUGCAGAGGGGAAGAAGGGACCAGGGGAACGGGCCAGUAAUUUGGGGAGGGAGGAAGCAUGUUCAAAGCCAAGGCCUGUUCUUCCUUGUGCUCAAAAGGCCAAAGCUGUUCACAUCUGUGCUCAACCAUCUGCUUCAAAUUGAAGUAAAAGCCCCAACAUGUAAAGAAAACACUUGCUCGUGUUGAAUGGACUCUGUGGGCGACCAGGACUGUGGCUGGUCAGUUGAGGGGCAGUUGUGGGGGAGGGGAGAGACUGGUCUCGGCCUAGAGGUUGAGAACCCUUUAGGAGGUGGGCAGUGUGUGAGUGUGUAUGUCUGUGUGUGUCAGGGGGUAGGGGGCCCGCACCAUGACCUCAGCCUGGACUAGUGACCAGGAUGCCUGGUCAGAAAUGUGGGGACCUCUUUCCACCUCAGACCUCACUCACUUCGUUUAGCCCCAGGACACUUUCUCUUGUCUGUUCCUCAGGCUCCUGGGCUGGGGCUGGAGUGUCUGCAGGCCCAGUGAGCUGACCGGAGCCUCCCUCCCUUGCACAAGUGUUUCCCAUGCACAGCCCUUGGGCAAGAACCAGAUUGUUGAGCUGUUCUGGAUCUGGGACAGAAGCAGGGGACCCAGAUGUUCAUAGUGCUCCUCAAAGCAAAGGUGCCCUGGAAGCCAGAUAGACAGAGUGGGCUUGGGAUGGGGGUGACAAGGGGAUGGUUCAGAAAAGGGGCACCUGGAUGGCUCCGUUGGUGAAAUAGCUGGCUCUUGAUUUCGGCUCAGGUCAUGAUCCCAGGACCCUGGCAUCGAGUCCCGAGCUGGGAGUCUGUUUGAGGCUUCUCUCUCUCUCUCCCUCUCCCCCUGCCCUUCCCCCUGCUCAUACACUCUCUCUCUCUAAAUAAAUUUAAAUACAUCUCUAAAUAGAGAGAGAGAGAGAGAGGUUGGUCACCUAGGACUCCAGGCACAGGUCACAACCCCACUCUCUUUUCUCUCUGAAUUUCUGAGUAAUGCUUGUGGCACUUCCUAAGGAAACAGGAAGUGUGGACCAAUCAGCAUCAAACCCAUUGACAUAAGAGGACCCUUUCUGUUAUUAAAACAUAGGGAGGUACCCCCAUCCUGCUGCCAGGGGACCAGAGCCAUUGCCUUCCCACCGAGAGAAACCCAUGGCCUCCACUCCCCACCCCCUCUUGUUCCUGGCCUUCAUUACAUACUUCUAUUGCAUUCUGAAGCUGUCACCGGCUGCGUAUCAGACAUGGAGCUAGGUGUCGGCAAUAGACAGAUGGCUCUCGCAUAGCACUGUUCUUCACAGAGGUCAUGGUUCUGUAUAGACAAGCAAAUAAUUAUGACGCAGUCAGAUAUCUAAGAUGGUGUUGGGAACUUCAGGAAAGGAGAAACCAGCUCUCCCUGGGCAGGUGUCAGGAAGAGCUUUCCUCCAAAAGGGCCUUGGGAGUUGGGUCUUGAAGGAUGAAUAGAAGUUUUCUGUGCAGAGGAAUGGGAGAAGGGUUUUCUACGCAUAGGAAUACUUAGCCCUGGCAGGACAUUGGAAUCACCUCAGGAGAUGAUUAAAUAUUGAUAUGAAGUAUUUAUGCCCAAGUCCCAUCUCCAGAAAUUAUAAUGUAUAUUGGUCUGGAGUGCUCCCAGGGCACUGGGAUUUUUAAAAAUUCCCUACGUGAUUCCAGUGUGCCAGCAAGGUGGAGAACUACUGGUUUAAAGCCGGCUUGGGUCUCAGACCUAAAAGCAGUUUAUGGGGAUGCAGGCUGGGCCGAAAAUGCAGAUGGAUGGAUGUGCGUGUGCGUGUAGCUCUGUGUGCACACGCACACACACGUGUGUGGGGAAUGAUUAAAAGUCCAUGCUUUUCUUUCUUCUUCCAGCUUCCCCACCAGCACAGCAGCUUGUGCGUUUUUGCAUGCACCCACACAAACAUACACUGCUCCUCGUGUUCCCAUGCACACCCGUGUACACACUUGCAUGUGUCCCCCGGGAAGGGAAAUCCAUUUAAGAUAGGUUCGGUCCGUUUAAGAUAGGUUUGGAUCUCCUUGACAGUCUUUUAGAUGGUUUUACGUAAGCAACCAUGCAAAAAGACCCUCACCCACGUAAAAACGAUGAAGAGCCACCUUCUUCAUGUGUCCGGGUCCAACUGAGGGUUUUGGUCCCGGAACCCCUGCCAGCUUGUUUGUGACGCAACCUCCUGCUUUGUUGUUUGCUCUGAGUCCCAGCCCCACAGCCCUGUGACGGCUCAUCAGUCACCAGCCACGGGGAACCCAGGGCACCUGCAUGAGAGUGCACGCACACGUCUGCGCGUGUACCUCUGUGUGUGUCCCCAGUUCCUGCAGUACGCAUGCUUCCUGCUCUCCGCAGGACAAAAAUCCAGACAGCCGCUCCAGGAUUUGGGGCUUCUGGCUCCACCAAGCUUCACAUGAUGCUUCAAAAACUCUGUGCACGGAGGAGGCACUGCUUCCUGGUUCCAGCCUCAUACUACCCCAGAAGUAAGGCUUAAGUUCUGGGGAGGGUGGUCCGCAAGUCCCCGGGCCCCUCUCUGGGCUCACAGCUUGGCCAGGGCCCCAAGUGGACUCUGUCUCACCGCUCCGUACUCCCUUGGGUCCCUAUGCCCCCCCACCACUCUGGCCUGAGACCUCCUCCUACCCUCCCUCCACCACCCCAAGUCCUCCAACGCCCUGGACUGUCCUUUUCCCUUUACCCCACCUUCACCCCUUUCCCCUUUCUCAUCGUCCAGUGAAGAAGAGGGGUAGGUCCCAGGGUGGGGAACUGGGUGGCUGUGUGCGGGGACUGUGCUGGGAGCUGGAGGGACAGACAGAGCCCCUUCCUGCCCACAAUCCCCAGCCGAGGCCAGCGCUGUGUUGGGGUCAGCCAUGGGAGGAGGCCCCCUGGGGGCUGGAGCGGGUACUGCACUUGCCUCCCUCUUGCCAUGCUGUUUCCCGAGCGACAAAGUCAUCGCCAGUGUCCAGGGGCAGAGCAAGACUUGGACAUCUUUAAGUGUUUCCUCGAAAGGGUUUUGUACAGCCCUUCUCACUUGGACCUCUUGCUGCCGCCCCACUUGCUCAGCUGUGCUCUGUUUCCAGGCUACAGUAGGACAGGGAGGCAUGGGCGGAGGCUCUCCUUGGGAGGCACAGAGAGGGGGCAAAGAGAAGGGCAGCUGGCUUCCUCCUCCGCUACCUACCCCCAUCCUGGUUCUCACCUUGGCACCCGUCUUCCCUCUGAGACCCCAGACCCUGGACAAGCUCUGUCUGCCUUCCUGAAGCCAGGUACCUUCUAGGAACUUAGAUUUGUAUGUAAUGACCUGGUUUUACAGAUAUUUGGGCACAUAUCUAAUCUCCAGAUGGUGCUAUGAAUUCCUAGAGGGCAAAGAUUGGGUCUAAUCCAUUUCCAAAUCCUUGAAAAGGCCUUGCAAAAUGUAUAUAUUGGUUUCUCUGUUAAAUGAAUAAAAAGUGGGAAAUACGGUGA